CUUAUGCCAACCGGAUUUAGAAUUUUUUGUCGGUCUUUACUUUAUGUCAAUUUUAUUGUUGUUAUUUUGAAUUAGAGUUUAAGUAAAAUGAUGUUGACCAAAUUCAGACAAAGCCAAAGCGACAUGGUUUAGAAAUAAGUCAUUAUUGAUUUGCUGGUUCAAAAAUCUCAAGAAUAUGUUAGAUGACGAACAUGAUGAAUUACCACUGGUCUCAGUCGGCAGUGGGAACUACAACUUGAGUCAUUUUUCAAUGCCACCUGCCGAUGUGCUAGCAUCGCAAAGGGCUCGAGAACAAGAGUGCGAGCGGGAACUGAGACUGCUCCGAGAGCUGCAUGCUGCAGACAAUGGCAAGUGUACCUUGGAGGAGCUGCAGAGUACGCCCAGCAACUCCAGCGAGUUGGACGAACUAUUAUUAGUAGAAGCUAAUGAUGCAUCAACUAGGCAUGUGUCAGUCAAAAUGAGCGACUUCAUAACUCAACUCACGGCACAUUUGCCGGAGGGUGAUUCACAAUUUUUAAGGGACUAUCUAGAAGUACUACAACAUGAAUCGCCAGAUAUAACAAAAUUAGUCAACAAAGAGAUGUUAAGUGUGAUAGAGGCGGGGCUGGCGGGGGCCUGUGGGUGGCUGCAGGGUGCAUCGGUGUGCUGCAUUGUGUGGUUGUGUGCGCUGUGCCUGGCGGGCGAGGCAGGCUUGCGGGGGCGACGUGCCCUACAUGCUCAAUUGCAACAUGCCACCACACAACAGUUGUUAGAGGUGUCGCAUGUGAUGUGCGGUGCACUGCAGGCGCCGCACCUCCUGCUGCGGCUGAGUGACGCGCUGCGCGGUCCUGGCGCCCCUGCGCGCCUCGCUGACCACCUCGUGCACCAUGCACUCACUCAGUGUGAGAGCCAGGGCUCCGAUGCGGGUUCGUGGCGCAGCCUGACGCACGUGCAGUUGGCGGGGCGCGCUGCGGCAGCGGGCAGGCCUGCGCCACGCCUCGCGGCUCCACGGAACCGCGACCACAAGGACGCCAUCAAGAUGGCGGUGGCUGUGUGCCGGUUGGACCACCUCUGCCGCAACAACAACAACAGCAGCGGAAACACUGCAGAACUUAAGUAGAGACAUCACCCGUGAGGCUCGUACCCUAACUACUACUUCCGGUGCGGAGCUGAGGCUCUGCGGGCUGCGGGACAGUCACAGUACUUGUUGUUGCCUCAAGUGGCCCAACUCUUCUGGAAGUAUUGAAAGAAAGCAAUUGAAUGCGUCAGGCCCGAGGCUAGGCGUGCGGCAGGUCGAGACCGAGGCGCGCCAGCUGCAGCGUGAGCGCGGCGCCCACCAGCCGGCGGUCGUAGGUGCCGCGGCACUGCCAUCUGCACACCACACAUUACAUCUGUGCCAUCAUUACACAUGCAUCACAUGUCUUAUUAAAUCAAUCAUAUGAAAAAAA